UCAGAAGCCCCAUUGAAGACGAGCAGGAACUUGGAACUGAAUUUCUGUACCUUCUUCUUCUUCUUCUUCCGUCCUUCGCAUCCACCAAGUAGCUACCCUUCCAAUUGCCUCUACAAUACGCGUGCUAUCGAAGAUUUCGUUGCUGAAGGUAACUAACUUGGACAACUUGUUGGGACAACUAGCUAUAGAGGGGUUGCAAUCUGAAGUGGCUCUUGCAGGGAUCAAUCUAAGAUCAACUACGAGGAAAAUCAAGUACCAAUUCCAGUUCCUAUUAUUCACUGUUGAAUUUGAAGCCAGAGAAGAUGCCUGCCCAAAAGAUUGAAACUGGUCACCAAGACACCAUCCAUGAUGUUGCAAUGGAUUAUUACGGUAAGCGUGUUGCAUCAGCUUCAUCUGACCAGACCAUCAAGAUCACUGGUGUAAGCAACUCAGCCACUCAGCAUCUUGCAACGCUGACUGGUCACCUAGGACCUGUAUGGCAGGUUGCCUGGGCGCACCCGAAAUUUGGUUCCUUACUAGCUUCAUGUUCUUAUGAUGGUCGUGUCAUCUUAUGGAAGGAAGGCAAUCAAAAUGAGUGGUCACAAGCCCAUAUUUUCGAUGAUCAUAAAUCAUCUGUUAACUCAAUUGCUUGGGCCCCUCAUGAAGUGGGGCUUUGUUUGGCGUGUGGUUCAUCUGAUGGCAAUAUCUCUGUAUUCACUGCAAGAGCAGACGGUGGUUGGGACACUUCUAGGAUCGAUCAAGCUCACCCAGUGGGAGUCACAUCUGUUUCAUGGGCUCCAUCUACUGCACCAGGUGCCCUUGUCGGCUCUGCUUUACUUGAUCCCGUUCAGAAGCUAUGUUCAGGCGGUUGCGACAAUACGGUGAAGGUAUGGAAACUCUAUAAUGGGGUUUGGAAGAUGGAUUGCUUUCCAGCUCUUCAAAUGCAUACCGACUGGGUUAGAGAUGUUUCAUGGGCUCCUAACCUCGGUCUGCCGAAAUCAACAAUUGCAAGUGCGUCACAAGACGGGAAAGUUGUUAUCUGGACUGUAGUCAGAGAAGGAGAUCAAUGGGAAGGUAAGGUUCUAAAGGACUUCAAAACCCCUGUUUGGAGGGUAUCAUGGUCGUUAACAGGCAACAUCCUGGCCGUGGCUGAUGGAAAUAACAAUGUUUCUUUAUGGAAGGAAGCCGUGGAUGGCGAUUGGCAGCAGGUUUCAACUGUUGAGCCUUAGUGUCCUCUGUUUUACUUGAUUUCUUACUUAACAACACUCACUUCUGAACCUCUCUGCGUUUAAAAUGAUACAGAUUUUGGUAUAAUUGACACAAUUUAAGUCUAUAAGUGCUCAAUUUGCAACAGAUUCCGAGAGCUUGGGAGCUUUUAACUUGUAUUCAUUACAAGUACUCUUUUAUCUUUUGCAUCUAUGAAGUUUGAUGAAUCCUAUUUUCUA